AGCCCCUCCCUACUGCUGGGGCAGCGCCUGGCAACGAACAUUGUUUUCAGGGGCCUCCAACUUCUUGUAGUUGAGGAAGUGAAGCUUGUACAUGGUGAGAGGGAGUAUGGCCUCGGUGGGUCCCCCGGUUACCCAGCAGAUAGGGAGGAGCGCAGAGGAGCUGCUGGCUGAGCAGCUCUAUCACCCGGACCUGGAGAAAGCCGCAGACUGCCUGGUGAGGGACAGGACCGGAAGGAGCUACAUGUUUGGGGACUUGUACCGGGACAAGAAGGCGAUCAUAGUAUUUGUGCGGAAUUUCCUCUGCUACACUUGUAAAGAAUACGUGGAAGACCUGGCAAAGAUCCCUAAAAGUUUCCUGGAGAAUGCGGACGUCAGACUUAUUGUCAUCGGGCAGGCAUCAUAUCAUCACAUUCAGAAUUUUUGCUCUUUAACUGGUUAUCCCCAUGAAAUAUAUGUUGAUGCAGAGAGAGAAAUUUAUUGCAAACUGGGGCUGAAGACAGGUGAAACAUCAAUAAUAUCAGCUAGAAGUCCUCACGUUAAGUCAAACCUGAUUUCUGGCAGCAUCAAAAGUAUGUGGAGAGCAAUGACAAGUCCAGCUUUUGAUUUCCAAGGAGAUCCAGUACAGCAGGGUGGGGCAUUAAUAGCAGGUCCAGGUAACAGAGUCCACUUUCUUCAUCGUGACAUAAACAGACUGGACCAUGUGUCAGUUAAUACCCUACUACAAUAUGCAGGAGUGCAGACCAUUUAUUUUGGUGAUAAACCCCCAAUAAUGGAAGUAUAAUGUUCUAAUUUCCUUAAAAUAAUCUCAUAUCAAACCGACAGGCAACAGUGUUUUAUUACCAACAUGUGUCUUAUUCUUGCCAACUUUUGUGCAGUUGUGUAUACAGUAUUUUAUAUAUUUAUAAAUAAACUCUUGAUUGUCUAAUCAGA